AUUUGCCAUGACCAACUCCACAAAGCCCAAGGUUCUCACCCUCGAUACCAUCAACAGCAACAUCCGCACUGUUGAGUACGCCGUUCGUGGCCGUAUCGCAAUUCGCUCCGAGGAAAUCCGUGAUGAACUGGCUCAUGGCAAGAAGUUCCCCUUUGACCGUGUUGUUAGCUGCAACAUUGGUAACCCCCAGCAGCUCAACCAGAAGCCCAUCUCUUUCUUCCGUCAAGUUGCAUCAUUGUGUGAGAAUACCGAUCUUUUGGCCGAAGACAAGGCCGAGCUUGUAAGCCAGCUUUAUCCUGCUGACACAAUUGCACGUGCCAAGAAGAUCCUCAAGACCCUCGGUGCUGGUAUCGGUGCCUAUUCUCACUCCCAGGGUGCUGCUUCUAUUCGUCAGACCGUUGCCCGCUUCUUGCUCGAGAGAGACGGCCACCCCGCCAACUUCAACAACAUUUACCUCACCCAGGGUGCCUCUGCUGGUGUCCAGGCCAUCUUGGGCUUGUUGACCCAGAGCAACAAGACCGGUAUCAUGAUCCCCAUCCCCCAAUACCCCCUUUACAGUGCUACCCUCGCCUACCUCGGUGCCACACCUGUCCACUACUUGCUCGAGGAAGAGUCUGGCUGGACUCUCGAUAUUGGAUCCCUUAAGACAACUAUCAAUGCUUCCCGUGCCGAGGGUACUGACGUUCGUGCCUUGGUCAUCAUUAACCCCGGUAACCCCACUGGCCAAUGUCUCGAUGCCGGUAACAUGCGUGAUAUCUUGUCUUUCUGUUACGAGGAGGGUCUUGUUUUGUUGGCUGAUGAGGUCUACCAGACAAACAUCUACAACCCUGAGACCAAGCCUUUUGUAAGCUUUAAGAAGGCCAUGAUGGAGCACCCCAACGAAGCAAUUCGCACUGGUCUUGAGCUGGUCUCAUUCCACUCCAUCUCCAAGGGUAUGGUUGGUGAGUGCGGUCGUCGUGGUGGUUACUACGAGUGCUGCAACUUUGAUGAGAAGGUACUCGAGCAGGUUUACAAGAUGGCCUCUGUUUCCCUUUGCCCCAACCUCCACGGUCAGAUCCUUGUCGAUCUUAUGUGCGACCCCCCUCGUAAGGGUGACGUCUCCUAUGCGAACUACCGUGCUGAGCUUGAUGGAAUCUAUGAGUCCCUCCGUCGCCGAUCCAAGAAGCUCGAGGGUGUUUUUAACGCCAUGGAGGGUGUAACCUGUCAGCCUGCCGAGGGAUCCAUGUAUCUUUUCCCCCGGAUUCGUCUUCCCAAAAAAGCAAUUGAAAAGGCUGCUUCCCAGGGUCUCGCUGCCGAUGCCUUUUAUUGCGAGGCUAUGCUUGAAGCUACCGGUGUCUGUGUUGUACCAGGCUCUGGCUUUGGUCAAAAGGAAGACACCUGGCACUUUAGAUCCACCUUCCUUCCCGAGGAGCACUUGUUUGAUGACUUCUGCGCCAACCUCUCCAAGUUCCAUGCUGAUUUCCUCGUUACUUACAGCGAUUAAUUAAUCAAACUAUAAUUAUUAUUACUAUUACCAUUACCAUUACCAUUAUUACUAUUGUUUUGAGAUAAAAGUUUCUUUUUUGAUUCUUUUGGUUCUUUAGUCUCUAAAGAUCUAAUUUUUUUUUUUACUCUUUUUUUAUUGCAUCCUAUUGUAUUAUUUUUCCUGUUCUUUCAAAAACAAAUUCAUUAAACAGAACAAGUGUGUAUCCAUC